UUCUCAGAUUGGAUGAACACAGUUUCAGAUUGAGUAACGAAGUAAAUUAUGGAAACACCGCCAUUGGACGACAAAGCAAAAAAAAUGAGAGAUCUUCUGUCUAGCUUCUACUCUCCACACCCUGCAAUGUCACCUAACUCCCCUAACACCAUCUCCAAAUACACCUCUUCUGAUGAUAUUAACUCUUCCUCCUUCCAACCUGAUCACUACAUGAAUCUCAUGGCACAUGAGAUGAAUCUGGAAGGGUUACUCCACAAGCAUGUUGAAAUGGUUACUCAAAUAAAGAAUCUUGAUACUGAUUUGCAAAUGCUUGUGUAUGAGAAUUACAAUAAAUUCAUUUGUGCCACAGAUUCUAUAAAAAGGAUGAAAAGCAAUAUUCUAGGGAUGGAGGGGAACAUGGAACAACUUCUUGAUAAGAUAAUGUUUGUACAAGCAAGGAGUGACAAUGUGAACACUUCUUUAACAGAAAGUAGGGAACAUAUAGAGAAAUUGAACAAGACAUGCAAUCUUCUUCGUAAAAUUCAGUUCAUAUAUGAUCUACCUGAUAGACUAUCCAAGUGUAUCAAAGCUGAGGCAUAUGCAGAUGCAGUCAGAUUCUAUACUGGUGCAAUGCCGAUUUUUAAGGCAUAUGGUGACUCGUCAUUCCACGAUUGUAAGCAAGCAUCUGAUGAAGCGAUAUCUAUCAUAGAAGAAAAAUUGCAGGAGAAACUUCUAUCAGAUUCUGAAACAACUCAAGGGAGAGCUGAGGCUGCAAUUCUCCUUAAGCAGUUGAAUUAUCCGGUGGAUAAUUUGAAGGAAAAGUUACUAGAGAAAUUGGAAAAUCUCCUUGUAGACAUUAAGUUGAUUCCUGAAGUGGUAAAGACCGCUUCAUCCUGUUCUCAUGAGGUAGCCUUUCAGGAGUUUGUAGAGGCAAUUCAUGCAUUUCAAGUUAUAUUUCCUGAUUCGGAAACACAGUUAGUUAAACUUGCUCAAGACUUGUUGAACAAAAACUUUCUAAUUGUUGAGGAGUAUGUGAAGACUAGAAUUUGUGUAGAAGAUCUACUCGCCGUUCUUCGAGUUGUUUGGAAUGAUGUGCUGAAAAUGGAUGAAGUGUUACAAGAAUCAUCUCUCUCUGACCAUUCUCUUGAGGCUGCGAAAGUUUCUGUCAAGUUGUAUGUCAAUACUGCAUUUUCUUAUCUAAUGCAAGAUAUCUCAGAUUCGCUAUUAAAUGUGUUGAAACGGGACGGAGUAGAAGAUCACUCACUUGAAGCUGCUUUAGAUGCUAGCACAAAAAUAUUGCUUCAAGGUGGCAGAAACUUCUUGCAGGAUGUUCGGAAAAUUCUUGACGACGACUUAGAGAUCCUAAAUAAACUAAGAGAGUUGAUUAGUGAUUGGGUUCAGGAAGGGUUUCAAAACUUUUUCAAGCAACUUCAGCUCAAGUUCCAGUUUCUUUCAGGAAGAAACGAUUUGGCACACUUUCAGAAUCAUAGCUUGGUUGAGGGAUCUCAAGGUGACAAAGCAUUUCCUGGUCUUGUCCUUGUGUUGGCACAACUAUACGCUUUCGUUGAUCAGACCGCCAUUCCACAAAUCAACGAGGAAUUAGCAACUUCCUUUUCUGGCGAUGUCGGUGGUUAUGAACAUGGACUUCAUUUUGUUUCUAGGGAAACCUCUCGAAAGUUUAGGUCUGCUAGUGAAAGUUUCUUGCAUAUGUACAUUAAAAUGAGAACACAAAGAAUAUCACUUCUCCUAAAGAAAAGAUUCACCACUCCCAAUUGGGUAAAGCAUAAAGAGCCAAGAGAAGUUCAUAUGUUUGUCGAUUUGUUUCUUCAAGAGCUAAAAGAUAUGGGCAAUGAAGUGAAGGAGAUUUUACCUCAUGGCAUGCAGAAGCAGCACCACAGGGUUGAUAGUAAUGGAAGUAGUAAUUUAUCAUUAUCAAGAAGCAAUUCUAUUCCAGAAGAGAUUUUGAGUAGAUCCAAUACUCAAAAGGGAAGGAGCCAACAACUUUUCGAAACACAUUUGGCGAAAUUGUUUAAGCAAAAAGUUGAAAUCUUCACUAAAGUAGAAUAUACACAGGAAUCAGUCAUUAUGACUAUGGUUAAACUAUGUCUUAAGAGUUUACAAGAAUUUGUUAGACUACAGACAUUUAACAGGAGUGGAUACCAACAAAUUCAAUUGGAUAUUCAAUUUUUAAGGACUCCUUUAAAAGAAAUAGUUGAAGAUGAAGCUACAAUGGACUUCUUGCUUGAUGAGGUGAUUGUUGCAGCUGCAGAACGGUGCCUAGAUCCAGCUCCAUUGGAGCCCCCAAUAUUAGACAAACUUAUACGAGCAAAACUAAUAAAAAAUUGA